ACCUACAACAAACAUUUUCAGAAACUUUUCUCUUUAUUUUAUAAUAUCAAAAGUAUCCUCCUUUGUCCUGUUCUCUUGGGUUAUGGGUUGUGGUCAUUCACAGACAGGGAACGAAGCUUGGUCCACGUGCUUCAAUGGCGGAUCGUGUCGCCACUGGCAUCAUAACGAACCAUGACUUUUCAGCUGGGUUGGAGCCUUGGUACCCGAAUGCGUGUGAUGCGCUUGUUGUUUCCUCUGACGAGCCCUUUAGUUCUUACGCAACCUCCUCGGAAUCUUCAAACAGUGGCUACGCCGUCGUUACAAAUCGCAGAGAAUCUUGGCAUUGUCUUGAACAAGAUAUUACAGAUCGAGUUUCUCCAGGUUGUACAUACAUUGUCUCAGCCUGGGUUGGAGUGUCUGGUCCUGUUCACGAACCAGCCCAGGUUCAGGCAACUUUGAAGAUUGAAAUCCAAGGCUCAGCUACACAGUUUUUGUUAAUCGGAAAAACAUAUGCUUCAAGGGACAAGUGGGAAACGUUAGAGGGGACAUUCUCGUUGUCAAGUAAGCCUGACCGUACUGUUUUCUAUCUCGAAGGGCCUUCGCCCGGAACAGAUCUUCUUAUACGUUCCGUGACAAUUAAGUGCUCCUCCCGUUGUGAUUAUGACGAGGAAAUGAAACAAGAUGCAGCAUGUAACGAUGUCUUUUCUCCGGCUUCUAAUAUCAUUAAGAACCAUGAUUUUUCUGACGGGUUGCAUGCUUGGUCUCCCAACUGCUGCCAUGCAUUUGUUGCCAGAAGUCCAGCCCGUUGCAGUGAAUUAAGGUCAGCAUCAGGAGAAGUUCGUAAUUAUGCUGUUGUUAAAAAUCGGAAGGAAAACUGGCAAGGGUUGGAGCAAGAUAUCACGGGCCGAGUUUCCCCUGGUGAUUUGUAUAAGGUUUCUGCCAUUGUUAGAGUAUCUGGCCCUGUUCGCAAACCAGCCCAGGUUCAGGCGACUUUGAAGCUAGAACACCAAGGCUCAGCUACACAGUAUUUGUUCAUCGGAAAAACUUAUGCUUGUAAAGAUAGGUGGGGAAGUCUAGAGGGCACUUUCUCAUUCUCGGGAAAACCUGACCGAGUCGUGUUCUAUUUGGAAGGUCCACCUCCUGGGAUUGAACUUCUUAUACAGUCAGCUGUCAUCGAUCACGAGAUCAUAAGACAGCCCGAAUCUCGGAGACAAGAAGAGCAGUGCUUAACCUCUGAAGCUGAUCAUGUCUUCCUUAACUCUCACUUCGUUGAUGGACUUAACCAUUGGUCUGAAAGAGGAUGCAAGCUCAUGUUACAUGAUUCAUUUGCCCAUGGGAAGAUACUUCCACAUUCUGGUAAUUGCUUUGCAUCUGCAACAGAACGCAUGCAUAAAUGGAGUGGCAUUCAACAGGAGGUCACCGGAAGAAUCCUACGAAAAGUUGUUUAUGAAGCUUCUGCUCUUGUUAGGGUUCCUCACAGCUGCUCUGCUGACACAACUCUGCAAGCCACUUUGUGGGUAAAAAACCUUGAUGGGCGUGAAGAGUAUAUAGGAAUUUCCAAUGUUCAGGCAGCGCACGACAAUUGGGUAGAGCUGAAAGGUAAGUUCCUUGUCAAUGGCUACCCUUCAAGAGUAGUUGUUUACAUCGAAGGACCGCCCCCAGGCACCGACUUUUUUGUCGACAAUUUUGUUGUGAAACGUGCUGAGAAAAUCCCUUCUUCGAUACGACCAUGCAUUCAGGACUGUGCUUUCGGAGUGAAUAUAGUUUCGAAUAGCCAACUACACAGUGGUACCAUCGACGGGUGGUUCCCCCUUGGAAACUGCCAGUUAGAAGUCGGAGAAGGCUCUCCUCCUGUACUUCCUUCUUUAGCAAGAGAUUCCCUCGGACCGCAUGGAUCCACCCGUCUUUCCGGGCGAUACAUUCUCACAACAAAUCGUAGCGAAACAUGGAUGGGUCCUGGUCAGAUCAUUACCGGCAAAGUGAAGCUAUUUGUAACCUACCAGGUUUCAGCAUGGGUCAGAGUCGGCUCGGGAGGAGCUUGUGGUCCACAGGACGUAAACGUGGCUCUCAGCGUGGAUAACCGAUGGGUCAAUGGAGGAAAGAUCGAGGUGAAUGACCGGGAAUGGCAUGAAAUCACGGGUUCUUUCAGAAUCGAGAAAAAACCAGACCAAGUUAUGGUCCACGUCCAGGGACCUUCAUCGGGUGUUGAUCUAAUGGUUGCUGGCCUCCAUAUCUUUCCUGUGGAUCGGAAAGCACGUCUGAGUUAUGUACAAAAACAAGCUGAUAAGGUACGGAAAUCUGAUGUUCUACUGAGAUUUUCAGGAGUGGAUUCUUCCGAACUGUCUGGUGCAACGGUGAAAAUCAGACAGAUGCGUAAUGCUUUUCCCCUCGGAGCAUGCAUAAGUCGGAGCAGCAUUGAAAACGAAGAGAUUAUAGAUUUCUUUCUCGACAACUUCAACUGGGCGGUGUUUGGUAACGAGCUGAAAUGGUACUGGACUGAACCAGAACAAGGAAACUUCAACUACCGAGAUGCAGACGAAAUGCUCAGGUUCUGCGAGAAACAUAAUAUACAAACCCGAGGCCAUUGCAUAUUCUGGGAGGUGGAAUCAACUGUUCAACCAUGGAUCCAACGGUUAAGCAAGAACGAGCUAGAAGCAGCGGUGAACAACCGUUUAAAGGGUCUUCUCACCCAGUAUAUGGGCAAGUUCCGACACUAUGACGUGAACAACGAGAUGCUUCACGGGUCGUUCUACCAAGAACGUCUAGGCUCUGAUAUAAGAGCCGAAAUGUUCAGAACAGCCUGUCAGCUGGACCCGUCAGCCACCCUUUUCAUGAACGAAUACCAUAUCGAAGACGGGUGUGACUCCAGAUCAUCGCCCGAGAAAUACAUCCAGCUCGUUCGUGGAUUGCAAGAAAAGGGUGCGCCCGUUGGAGGGGUCGGGAUUCAAGGGCAUAUCAGCAGUCCCGUCGGCCAGAUUGUAGCGUCAGCUCUCGACAAGCUGAGCAAGCUCGGGCUGCCCAUCUGGUUCACGGAGCUCGAUGUCUCCUCCAUUAACGAACACGUCAGAGGAGACGACAUGGAGGUGAUGCUAUGGGAAGCGUUUGCUCAUCCUGCGGUGGAGGGAGUGAUGCUGUGGGGAUUCUGGGAGUUGUUCAUGAGCAGAGAACACUCGCACCUGGUGAAUGCGGACGGAGGAAUCAACGAAGCGGGGAGGAAGUUUCUUGAAGUGAAAGGCGAAUGGUUAAGCUCCGUUGACGGGUCUUUGAGUGAGAGCGGAGAAUUUGGGUUCAGAGGUUAUCGAGGAACUUAUACCGUUGAGGUUUCAACUUCAGCGAUGGAGUAUUCCAAGACUUUUGUCGUUGACAACGGUGACUCAGCCAUUGAUAUUAUUCUUUAGUUUUGUACAAUAGGGUUCGGGUUCGUGUUCUUGCUUCCCUUCUUGAAAUAUUGGGUACAAACUACAUAUUUUGUAAAAUUUUCGCAACCCAAUCUUUUUGUGUUCAUACAAAGCUUCAACAGUAGUUUGGAUUUUGUCUGUAAAGGGACAUUGUCGGGAUGGAUUAGAAGCCCAGAAGCCUCUUCUCCCCCUUCUGCAGCGAAUUUGGGUUAGAAUC